CCGGAGGAGCCCGGCAACCUGCAGCGUUCAAGGCAGCAACGGGGCGAAGGAAGGAGCCUUCCAGCGCCAGUAACCACGCCCCAAAGGGAAAGUCAUUGGGGGGCGGAGAGACGGUGCAGGGGGAGCUGCGACUGGGACGCAGGGAACAGACACCAGCUCCCGGGAGCCGGAGGCAGCCAGGCAGAGCGAGCCGCGGGCCCGAGCCGCCGCCGCCGCCGCCCGCCCCGGGCAAGUCUGAGCGCCACCGGCCGCCUCCUUCCGGGCACCGCCAUGGGCUCCCCCCAGAAGCCGCCCCUCGCUCACCUCUUCAAAGGGACCUUCGUGCACGCCAGCCGCUCCUCGCCCAUGACCGUGCUGCAGGGCCACCUGCUGGGCGUGGACGAGGACGGGAGAAUUGUGUUUUUGGAGCAAGCAGAUCAGCAAGAGCAACUAGCUAAGAAGUGGGGCUUCAAAGCAUCUGAUAUAAGAGAGCUUAGUAAUCAUGAAUUCUUCAUGCCAGGAAUGGUUGAUACUCAUAUCCAUGCACCUCAGUAUGCAUUUGCUGGAUCAAGAAUAGAUCUACCUCUUUUGGAAUGGUUAAACACAUAUACAUUUCCAACAGAAGUCAAAUACAAAGAUAAUGAUUUUGCUGAAGAAGUAUACACCAGAGUUGUAAGAAGAACACUAAAGAAUGGCACGACUACAGCAUGCUACUUUGCAACAAUUCACACAGCUGCUUCUUUGCUACUUGCUGAAAUUAUAGAUAAAUUUGGUCAGCGAGCAUUUGUUGGCAAAGUUUGCAUGGAUCGCAAUGAAUUUGUUCCAGAAUACAAGGAAAGCACUGAUGAAUCUGUCAAGGAGACAGAAAGGUUUGUUAGAGAACUACUAGAAAAGAAAUAUCAAAAGGUACAACCCAUAGUGACGCCUCGUUUUGGACCUUCCUGCACUGAGGAGUUGCUGAGUAGACUUGGUGACUUUGCGAAGGCUCAUGAUAUUCACGUGCAGAGUCAUAUAAGCGAGAAUGAUGGAGAAAUCAAACUUGUGAAGCAAAUGUUUCCUGCCUAUAAAAAUUAUACUGAUUUAUAUGAUAAAAACAAGCUACUUACAAGCAAGACUGUGAUGGCCCAUGGCUGUCAUCUCUCUGAUGAAGAGCUGAAACUUUUUAGUCUUCGAGGAGCUGCAAUUGCCCAUUGCCCCAAUUCAAACUUUAUGUUGUGCAGUGGCAUUUUAAACAUACAAAAUGUUCAGAAGCACAAUGUGAAGAUUGGUCUUGGCACAGAUGUUGCUGGUGGGUAUUCAGCUUCCAUGCUUGAUGCUAUCAGGAGAUCGAUUUCUGCAUCUAAUAUCUGUCAAAUUAAUAAAGUGAACGAGACAGGCUUAACUCUUAAAGAAGCUUUCAGACUAGCAACUCUUGGAGGGAGCCAAGUCCUAGGACUAGAUGAUGUGAUUGGAAACUUUGAAGUUGGCAAAGAAUUUGAUGCACUGCUGAUCAACCCCAAGGCUUCAGACAGUCCUUUUGACUUGUUUGCUGCAGAUACUUUUGAGGAUAUUAUCCAAAAGUUCCUGUAUCUAGGUGAUGAUCGGAAUAUUAAUGAAGUAUAUGUGGCAGGCAAGCAAGUGGUUCCUUUUUCAAGUUCAGUUUAAUUUCAUUUCCCUUCUGCAAAACAUUCUAUGGAUCAUUCUGCAUCUAAAUUUGAAGGGAUUGGUUAAAUGCAGUGCCUCAUUGUCAAGAGUGACACCUCACUUUCUUUGUUUAAUGCUAUGAAUUUGCAAAAUAAUUACGAGCAUCGUUAGAUUGCAAUUUACCUUAGCAAGAUGAUCACAUUUGUAUAAGGAAAAAGGCUUUUAAGUCCAUCUUUACAAUUCACAUCCAUGAGCAGUGGGGGGGUGGGUGGAAGAGAAAGCACGGACAGCUAGAUUAAAGUUAGUGUGGUAUACCUACUCUAGCAGAGGUUCCAGAUGAAUACCAUGCAGCUGUCUGAAGCUCACAGAUUGCCAGAGUCAAAUGGAAUUCAAACCUUGCAUGUUUUUAGUUCUGUUCUGGGCCUGAUUCUCUUUGCACACAGCAAUUUAUACCAGUUAACUGAAUGGACUUCAGUGGGAUUACUCCUGAUUUAAACUGGUGAGAGAUCAGACUCGGGCCCCAUGAUUUCUGCAUAAACCAAGUUUGGUAAAGAAAAUUUGUAGUUUUUAAGGCUAGAAAGUGAAAGUUCUCCCACCCCAACUGUUAUAACUUCCAAAUGAUCAAGAAGCUUUGUAUAAAAAGCUUUUCCUUUUUUAUGAGAGAAAUGAGUGGCUAAAAACAGAGGAUCCAUAAAUAUUCCCUGUGUGUUCACAGUAUUUGUAAUUCCUGUAGAAUAUAGUUUUGAACUGAGAUAGAUUUUUAAUAGCAAAACCAGAGAAGUAUAAAUUUAUAGAAUUUACUUAUUCCUGCAAGUGCUUGUCAGGAACUAUUAUCUGUAUUUGAGCACAGAGGCAGGCAUAAUCCCAGUCUGGUUCGCUUCCAGUUUAAAGAUGUCCUUUUAAUUUUUGAAAAAGUCUGUGUGAUUAAACUCUUCCCUUGAAGAGCACAUUUCCCUACAUUUUAGCUCUGGCAUUUUGCUUCUGGGGUUAGACAGCCGGUUUACCUCUUGCUGGCCUAAUGCCUCUUUUUCAUGAUUGCUUUGUAACACAAUGGAAAUGCGCUUGAAUUUAAAUACCCUCAGAGACCUUUCCUCUAGGCCAGGUCUACACUAGGCAAUUAGGUCAGUAUAACUAUAUGUUGUUCAGGGGUGUGAAAAAUCCACACCCCUGAGCGAAGACCUAAUCCCAAACAUAGACAGCGCUCGGUCAACUGGAGAAUUCUCCUGUGGACAUAGCUACUACUUCUUGGGGAGGUGGAGUACCUACCUGAGGGGAGAAGCCUCCUAUCGGCGUAGGUCAGUGGUGGGCAAUCUGCGGUCGGUGGGCCACACGCGGCCCAUCAGAGUAAUCUGCUGGUGGACCGCCAAACCCUUUGUUUACAUUUGCACGGCCGUCCGCAGCUGCCAGUGGCCACGGUUCGCCAUUCCCGGCCAAAGGGAGCUGUGGGAAGCGGCGGCCUGCAGGUUGCCCAUUACAGCGCCAGAGGAUCCCUAAAAAUCUGCAAGAUAUAGGGCCAAAACACAGCAGAACAAUUUGGGGAAGUCACUGAGGAUCCCAUUGUGGAAUUUUACUCCCCCAAAGGUUUUCUAUGAAAUUCUGCCCCCCCUUCAUUUGCACAAAAUUGCCUAAAUAAAGACAAAUCAAAGCACAACCCCCCUCCCCCCCUCAAAAAAUACACCACAAACAAAAUAUGAGCUGGCCACAAGGCAUAAAGGGAAGAUACGAAAUGGAACUAAGGACAAAGCCAGAUCCUCAGCUGGUGUAACUUGCCAUAGCACAAUGAACUUCAGCUGAACAUCUGGCCCAAAGAGUACAAAUGGGCGAGAGAACCUCUGAAGCACAUAUAACCAACUGCUUCCAGUUGUCUACCCAGACUCUCUGGAUGGAAUCUUUGAUGUUAUUUGUGUCUUUCAUUUAUGUUCAAUGGCAGCAUGCAAUUCAGAAAAAAGAUGGGCUGGGAGGCUAGCUUGAUGGACCAAUAUGCUUAGUGUACACUAUGUUAAGACCAGCACUUUUUUUAUUUAUUAUAAAUGGAAUCUAUUUGAAAUUUUAUGUCUAUCUAACUGUGUCACUUGUUAAACUUCUGCUUUUAGUUAUUAAUGAAAUUGCUCCUAAAUAUUGCCUAUGCUUUAUGCAGCAUUAUUUGAAUUAUUCAUGUGUAGCAAGUGGUGAUCUGCACUUAAAAUGUUGCCUUGGCCAAUGUUUAUAGUUAUUCUGUGAUUUUUGCCAACAGAAGGCAUUGUAGACUGAAAAGAGAGAUUCUGUAUUUGUUCAUUUGUACUGAAUGUUUUCAUUGCUGGAGUGUAAUUUCUGCUAGUAAGGAAAGAGUUAAAUGAACCCCAUCAAGCAGUUUAUGCUCAAGUAUAGGUUGUGGGGACCGGAGGAGGGGUCCAAUGGAUUAAUGGAUUUAUAAAACCUGAUAUGAAUAGAAAUAUUUUCAUUGAAUUAAGAAAAGUUCUGUGGAAACAGGCUUUUAAAUUUAGCCUGUAGUGUGGACAGCAAAGCACAACAAAAAGCAACAUAAAUGGACAAAAGUAAAUUGGAGUUCUUUUAAAGAAUAUUUCAGUUCCAAAAAUCAAAGAUAUUACCAGCAUAAUCAGUCAAGGACUUCAAAACAUGUAUAGUUUUAAGUGUUCCUAUAGGUAGUCAAUAAUGCAUGACAAGAUGUGUAGCUUUUUAAUUUUAUAAUGUGUUUAUAUAAAUCAAUGGUACAGCCUCAUCUGGAAUACUAUAUGCAGCACUGUCACCCCCAUCUCCAAAAGGAUAUUGCAGAAUUAGAGGGGAGGACCAACGAGAAUGAUCAAGGGCCUAGAAAAAUUCUCAUAUGAUGAGAGCCUGAAAAGUGUGGGAUUAUUUUCCAUAGAAAGGUGGUAUGAGGGAACAUGAAACCAGAAUAUAAAAUAAUAAAUAGUGUUGAGAAGGUAUAUCAGAAACUUGUUGCUGUCUCAUAACAAAAAAACAAGGGGACAUUGAGUGAAAUUAAAAUGUGGGACAUUCAAAACUGACAGAAGGUAAUUCUUUUUCAUACAUUGUGAAACUCAUUGCCACAGAUGUCAGUGACGCCAAGAAUUUGACAAGAUUCAAAAGGGGACUGGACAUUGAUAUAGACAUCAAAAAUAUCCAGAGAAUUAUAGUUAGCAGUAGGUGAAUAACAGAUUUUUUUAGUUCCCUGGCAGUUCUGAAAAAUAAAAAGAAUAUGGUUUCAGUCAACCCAAACCCAGAAACUUCAAAAAAUGUUGAUAAGUCAAAAAAAAAUCGAUUUGGUAAUGUUUUGUUUCAGAUAUUUUUAAAGGGCUAGAUUCACAAAAUGCUGAUGGUGACAGGGUUAGAAGAUGGUGGUGAUGGUGCCCUCCUUAUAACUUGUAGUUCAAUGGUUAGAGUACUCACUUGGGACGGGGAAGACCCAGGUUCAAUUCUCCUGUGCCUGAUGUGGAAAAGAGAUUUGAACUUGGGUAUCCCACAGUGCAGGAGAGGGCCCUGACCACUGGGCUAUGGGGCAGCUUGGGGUAGCUCUCACUUUUUCUUGCUGAAGUAGUUUCACUUGUUAUAAAUAGUCAUUGGAGCAGUGACUUGAACUUUGGUCUCCUACAUCUUAGGCGAGUGCCCUAACAUGGCUUGUCCUAGUCUACACUGACCACAAAGUCAUGGUCACCAUCAUCUCAUCUAACUCCAUGGUUCCCAGUCAUGUUGAAACACAAUAACAUUUUCUAAUGAAGAUGAGCCUUCAACAGCUUGUCUGCUGAGACUGCCACCAGGGAAUGGUGGUGGCUUUUGUGAGGUGGAUGCCUAUCCCAGAGAAUCUGCACUAAGACUAUCCCCCUUUAUCUUUGUUCCCAUUCCAUGUCCAGUAAGGUUCUAAGCUAGUGGGUUAGGUUCAUUCCAGAGUGACAAUGACCUGUGUUGAUGUAAACCUUAGUGUAGGUCACUGACACUAGAAAAUUCACUAGGGGACCAGGCUGCAGCUGUGCAAAGCAGUCAUACAACCUCUGCUAGUCUGCAGAGCCGCAGACAAUACAAGAGGCAGUGCUAGGCAGUAUGGGCAACGUUCUGAUUCAGCACAUCCCCUCACAGGGUCGUGGUGGGGAAGGUCUUGUGCAACUUAAGGGAGGAUUAUGGAAGCAAUACUGGCUGCUCUCCUUAGGGAACAGACCUUGUCCUUCCUCCCCAACAUGUAAUUUACACCUCCUUGGGCCAGUUUUGCUGAAACUGGCCAAUGGUCCCUUCUGCCUGGUUCCUGUUGUAUGUAGGUCCUCGUUCUCUCUUUCCAGCUGUUUCUGAGGAAAACACCUAACAGAAAUAAUGUUCAGUUCCUCCUUUCUAUUCUAAUUAUGUGUAUCUUGGAGGGGGGUAUUUGGAAUAAUGGUAUUUGCUUUUUGCACUGUUCUGCUUGUUUCUGAUUGUGCUGAAUGAACACCCAUGUACUGCUGAAACAAAAUAAAGAGGGCUUGUGUUUACAUUAA